UGAGUUUUGCUCAGUGGUAGGGCUAUGCAUGCACAGAGCUGGCUGCUGGAACUGAAGCACUGCAUCUGUCAAAAUAGUCUAAUGUCUCUUCUGGAUGCUUUCUGUGCAUCCUUUUAUUAAAGAGCAAAAUGUUUUUUGAACUUGUUCAGCAGCUUUGGUUUGUAGAUAAGACUGUCAAGAUGGCAAUUAUUCUUUGUUUUCUAGCAAUACUUCCCGUUUACCUUCUUUCCGGAAUGGAGAUUUCUUCCCAUCAGUUUCAUCUCCUGCAGCAACUCAACAAGCAGCGCGAGCAAGACUUGUUCUGUGACUGCUGUAUCCUGGUGGAGGGGAAGGUCUUCAAAGCCCAUCGCAAUGUGCUGUUUGCCAGCAGUGGCUUUUUCAAAAUGCGCCUUUCCCAGAGCUCAAGAGAGACAAGUCAGCCAACGACAGCUACUUUUGAGGUCUUCUCUCCUGCCACCUUCACAGUUAUUCUGGACUUUGUUUAUUCAGGCAAAUUGUCUCUCACGGGUCAAAAUGUGAUUGAAGUGAUGUCAGCUGCUAGUUAUCUGCAGAUGACAGAUUUUCUUAGCAUGUGUAAGACAUUUAUUAAAUCCUCACUGGAGAUUAAUGAAAAGGAGGAGGAACACUAUUUCACCCUCUCGGCCACCACAGUCAACAGUGGAUUUGACUGCCCACCUUCUAAUAAGUCAAGAAGGAAAGCUAAAAGCAACCCCAUCCGCUUUCAUUUAAGGGCAGAUCAAAAGGCAGGCAUGGUGAACGAACAUUCCUGGAGUGAUAACAGCAACCAUUCAUCUUCACAAAUGAUUGUCCAACAGCAAGAAACACAAUUAUCUAACAGAGGCCAAAGGCUUGGCUCAGUGAAAAAGCGCCAACGGCGCCUAGGAAAGUCUCAGCACCAUGGCUUUCUGAAAUAUAACUCAAACACACCUGAUGAGGCCAGUGAAAGUUGCAAUGCGUUGGAGAGGAACCAUAUUUCUGAAGAUGAAGAGCAAAUUCAGUUUGAGAUCAAGAACAACAUUGCUGAUACUGGGUACCGAUGUGAUCAAGAAUCAAAAGCGAUACCAAAGAAAUGGUCAGUUGCUCAGCUGGAAUUUUCAAGAACUUCUCCUGUGAAUAUGGAUUUAAAAGCAGAUGAACUGUAUUACUCUGUGCCCUCAAUUCUAGGGGUAAUGGGUGUUUGGAAUGAAGAUGAUCUACCCAAGAUGAUAUUCAAGUGCCCCUUCUGCACUCAUACUGUGAAACGAAGAGCGGACAUGAAGCGGCACCUUCGAUGUCACACAGGCGAACGACCUUACCCGUGUGAGGCAUGUGGGAAAAAAUUCACAAGAUUAGAGCAUCUACGUAGCCAUUUCCAAACAAUACAUCAAGCAGGCAAACUAAUCUGCAGAAAAUGCAAGAAUCAUGUCACUGACCUAACAGGACAUGUGGUUCAACAAGGAACAAGGCGCUACAGACUAUGUAAUGACUGUUAACUGAAGCAGGUAUUGAAAGCA